UGCAUAGUGGUUUUCCUGACUAAGUAAGUGGCCGUCGAUCUUCUUAUUGGAAAUCCUAAUAACCCAACUGAGGGCUUUUACGGAAGACUGUACAACAGGAGAAGAAAAAUAAACAGUUCACAAAAACGGCUCAUCUUCAGUCACCUCUGUGAAUACAUGUACAGAAACUAGUCUAACUUAGCAACUGAUACUCCUCAUUAUAACUGGGACGUAUUUUUAAGUCGUGUCAGAGAACGAUACCCUGUGUAAUUUUUUUAUGCAUUUUCUUGUAAGUAAACGUCAUUCUUGGACAAAAAUCUUCAUCUUUUAGUGGUUGGCUCAAGGUCACUCGUGCGUUCUCAUGACUUGGGACUCUAUUGUUGAACUUUGCCUAGUCUUGCUGCUUAUCCGGCCUUUGUAAUUUAAUGGCUUUUGCGGCUACUGUUUUGUCGGAGAGUUGGUGUUCACUGGCAUCCAUGUAUACUGUCAUGGUAUUUCUAGAUGCGUUGCAAAUGGUGGUCCAUCUGAGGUAAUCGGUCUAUGGUUUCCUUUGUUUCACCUCUUUAACUGGGUUUUCACUAUGUCUCACUGACUUCAUCUGUUCUGAUUUCUUCCCGGAUAGCACUUGGUUUUUUGAUGUAAUGUUGUGAUAUCUCUUACCUGCAGCUGAUUCUGUUUCAGUUGCCAAUGUGUUGUAAAAACGUCACUUCUCUCCUGGCACACUCAUUUUUUCAGUGCACUGUAGGUUAUACUCAGCUUUCCUUUUUGUUGUUCAUCUCCGCACUGGAUCAUCUGUUUCACCACCUUUCUAUAAGCUUUCGGAUGUUCAAGAGCCAUUCUUUAUCACAACUCCUCUUCCUGCCUCAGAUGUCGAUACAGGUUUCCUCCCACGUUACUUGCGGAGAGCUCCGGUGUUCUCCCACUCAGGUUUCUCCUCUGAUGCUGCUCAAUAUCUCCAACCUUCUCCCGAUGACUGCGGUGAAGGCAUGUUUUGUAAUGUUGUCUUUCAACCUCCAGAAGUUGGUGGUCUAUCUCCUGUUCCUUUGAAGGUUUUUAACUUAAAUAUGUAGGUCUUUUGCAGUACAUAAUGGUGUGAGCCUGUAUCUGUUCGUCUUCUCGGUUUUGUGUUCAGUAGGCUACAACUUCUCUUUCUUCAGAUUGAGAUGACGUCUGUCAGAUUUUCCGUGUGUCCAUGUGAUGAAACCCAUGUCUUCUGGAUGUCGUUGUGCUUGUACAUACUGCUUCUAGUCACCAAGUCAUUAGAUUCACAGAAGUCUGUAGAGUUCUGGGUUCCCAUUCAUUUCACGGGGCUAGUGCCCCGCGAUGUAUAAUGAGUUCUUUUCCUGUGUUGUCUGCUUGCAGUCUUUCUUGCACUCAUAUCAUCCAUUGGAUUUUGAUGUCGCCCUCUGACUGGGGUCUUGUCCAUCGCUGCUUACUGUUAUUCAUCUGUAGAGAUCCUGUUCCUUGUCCUGUUCUGCGUCGUUUGUAGCGGUGUAUACUUGAAGCUAUACUUUCUUUUGAGUAGAAUCUUGUUGUCAUCCUGGGGAGAUCGAUUUCCACUACUUAAGAGCCUUCGAUGCUGUUGGUGACAUCAUGAUAGGCACUUCGUGUGUAUGUUCAUGGUUGUCGACUGGGUUACCGAGGUAGGUCAUCGACUUCUCAGCCAACAAUUCGAAGAGUCCACGUCCAUUCCACUUGCUCUCAAGGAUUCCUAACACUUCCAUGCUAUAUCUUCUCACUUCCCCUGUGAUCUGAGUAGCUUUUCCAGUUGAUCUCACCAUCGUGCAGGUCAUUAAUUUUCCCUAUGCUUACUUUUGCUUUCGUCGAAAAAAUCCACCGACUGAUUGGCUUCCUGGUGGCUUUCACCAGCCAGCGUCUUUCUUCCCGUCUUCCAAUUUCAGUGAAGAAUAAGUUCAUUUUUUAUAUUUUUCUGUGCUCCAUAGCGAUAGGGCUGCUUUUUUAUUGGGUACAGUCGGUGGCUCUACAGUUCAUCUUUCCUCCUCUUUGGGUCCUAGGAGUGGUUAGUACGCUAGUCAAGGCAUGCUUAGCUAAAACUGUCAUGUAAGGCUUCAAGACAAAAGUUCUGGAACUGUUUUUAUUCCAACCACGUAGAUUUCAGUGAUCGUAUUGAUCCACUUAAGAUACUGUUUUCUGUUGUUUAAUGGAAUUUUUGUCUGAGUAAAGGGAUUAAGAUUAUUAUGCUGUAUUUCUAACAAUGAUUAGUGUCCUUGACAGUAAAACAUCAGGUUUAUUAUUUUUCAUGUGAACAUAAUACAUAUUUGUAAGUAUCUUCUGGAAAGUCUAAAAGCCAGUAGAACUUUUUUAGGCUGUCACUGAGCUAAAUAUACCAUUUCGGAUAAAAGUGCUGACUAUUUUAGACUGCUAGUUUUCUUAAAUCUGUCAUUAUGUGAAAAGUGUUAAUUACAUCAAGGUGCGUUUGCUUUGCAUUAUUAGUUGUCAAUGUCAGAUGUAGUUGUAGUGCAUUAAAUAAGCUCAGCAGGCCGACACUGGUAAGUGUAUACCUCCGAUCUGUAAUAUGAAGGCUCGUGAAGCGACUUAGACUUUGAUAGCAUACGUAGAAUUCCAACCUAGUACCCUCUCCCCCCACCGUUAGAGCCGAAUGGUGAACCAUUACCACUACAGUGGGGUACAAAUAUAAACUAUCAGGUGUAUCAACCCCAUUGAUUUGAUCUCUCUACCUACCUAACCUGUCUGACACAAAAAUUGGACUGAAAGCUACAAGAAUUUUUACUAUAGCCUGUUGUGAAUUAUUUAUUCAAGUUUUAUGUGAUUUGUAGUCAACUUGUUUUCAAACACAAUAAUAAAAUGUGAUUUUUGUUGGCUAAAGUGAUCACAUUUUCUCAUGAUACCUGGAACUAGUCGAGUUUUUAAUUGACUAUACGUCAUUCCAAUUAGUGUGUGACCUUGACUGUUCAUGCAUAUGUUAUCGUUUACGUAGGUGUAUUGUUGUCACAUAUAAAGGACACUGUUUACUGUGAAUACAUUGUGUUGAUUUAUUUCAUUCAUUGUAUGAGGUUAUUAAUUACGUAGUUUUAUUCUUCGUAUUAGGCUUGAUUUAUUCAAGUACUUAUCUAUCAAAAUGGUUGCUUUGGAGUUUAUUUCCCAGUUGGAUAAACUUCAUUUUGUUGAUUCAGUCGGUCUAGAUGAUUUCGCCGACCGAUGCUCUUACAUGUUAUCAUUUGUUAUUCUGGUUAUGUGUUUCACUAUUGUUACACUGAAAUCGUAUGUCUUUGAACCAUUGUCAUGUUAUAUACCUACUACAUUCUCGGGUUCUAAUCUCGGACCGUAUAUUAAUGCAUUUUGUUGGAUCAAUGGUACAACACCGAUUAGUGUUGAUACCGACCAGUUAGACAAUCAGAAGUAUUGGAAUAGUUUAGAAGACAAGAAAAUUAAUUAUUAUCAAUGGGUAUCAUUGGUGUUGGCAUUGCAAGCGAUUCUGUGCUAUUUACCUCGUCUUAUCUGGGAAGCAAUCAGCUUCAAUCGUGUUGGAACUAAUUUAGGAUUUCUGGUUGAAUCAGCUCAAGCUGCUUCAAAAGAGACAGGGAAUGAACGAGCUACGCGUGUUCAAUUCAUAGCAAAUGUUAUGGAUACACUUUUGUUUGCUCGUCGAGAUUUACGUAGACCAGAUGAUAAGAAAAAUGAAAAUGGCAUGACAACAUUUUUCCAUACUAUUCAAAAUAUGCUUCCACGAAAAAGACUUGGCACUGCAUUAAUCACCUAUUAUAUGCUGAUCAAAUGUCUAUACUUGUUGAAUUCAAUUGGUCAACUUUUGUUGAUGGAAAGAUUUCUAGGUAUUAAAGGGGAUUAUCGUCUAUUUGGUAUAUCAAUUUUAAAUGAUCUGAUUAUGGGUAGACAUUGGAAUGAAACAAGUGUUUUCCCUAGAGUGGGUUUCUGUCGUGUACCGAUAAAAUUGACAAGCACACCGAUACCUAUGGUGACUGUUCAAUGUGCACUACCAGUGAAUAUGUUAAACGAGAAAAUCUACGUGUUCCUGUGGUUUUGGUUUGUAUUUAUUGCUUCUUUGGAAUUUGCAAGUAUUGGUGUAUGGAUUUAUCGUCUAGCCGCUCGACAAUCACGUCUAAGACUUUUAGUACGAUAUUUAAAAAUUGCAGAUGUCUAUGAAGAAUCAAUGGAUCCAUUGCUUGCUCGAUUUGAAAUGACUUUUCUUCGACUAGAUGGUAGUUUUCUCUUACAAAUGAUGCGUUUAAAUGCCGGCAGUCUGAUUACACAAGAGAUUUUACAAGCAAUGCUAAAGCGUUAUACAGAACAAGAACAAUAUGCAAUGAAGAAACGUGCUGAACAACAGUCAUCUGCACUGAAAUCAGUAGAUGCAGAAAAAUCUGGCCUACUUCAUCCUGAUUCACCUGAUUGUACUGUUACCAAGCGUUUGGAUGCUGUUUAA